AUGUCGGAUCGAAAGAGGAGGUUGGAUGUUGGAGGAUCCUCCAGGUAUGUUGUUUGUAAUUUCAGUUUUGACUUUAGAUGGUUAUUUUGAGGUUCGAACUAGUUUUUUUCAUGAAACUAAUUGAAACUGGUAGCGACCGAAAAGAAGAAGUAGUAAGAGUUUUUUUUUUCAGAAGAGAUCGCAGUCGUUCUCCCAUCGUUUCCACGGCUGGCUUUGAUGCCCCAGCUCCAUUGCCAAAAGAAAAAGAGCCAAAACCUUCCAAAUUCGCAGAGAAAGCUACCGAUAUCCCCGCGCCUCAACUAGUCAAUCCUCUUCAACCAAAGAUUCGCCAGACAGUUUUGAAUCCAUACAAUGGAAAUCCGUUCACUCAAAAUUAUUAUGCUAUUCUCGAAAAACGAACAAAACUUCCAGUCUGGCAAUACAGGGAGAAGUUUAUGGAGCUGUUAGAUGCAAAUCAGUGUAUAACAUUGGUCGGUGAGACAGGAUCCGGUAAAACGACACAAAUUCCUCAAUGGUGUACUGAUUAUGUGAAACAUCGGCAUAUCCAAGGGAAGAAGAUGAUGGUGGCUUGCACACAACCAAGGAGAGUGGCUGCGAUGAGUGUGGCCACAAGAGUUGCCGAAGAGAUGGAUGUUUCCGUAUGUUCUUUGUUAUUUUUUUUUACUUUGAGGUCUGGGUAGUGAUGCAUAUACAGUAUGACAGAGUAUUUUUAGCUCGGAUCGGAGGUUGGUUACUCAAUUCGUUUCGAAGAUUGUUGUGGAGAACGCACCUUCCUCAAGUAUCUGACCGAUGGUAUGUUGCUUCGAGAAGCCAUGAACUCUCCAUUGCUCGAGAAUUACGGUGUUGUUAUACUUGACGAAGCUCACGAAAGGACCUUAUCCACCGAUAUUUUGAUGGGACUAUUGAAAGAAGUGCUCAAGAAUCGGCCUGACAUCAAAGUUGUUGUAAUGAGUGCCACAUUAGAUGCCGGAAAGUUCCAAAACUACUUUGAUGAUUGUCCUUUGAUGAGUGUCCCUGGAAGAACUCAUCCUGUUGAAAUCUUUGUAAGUUUGAUUUCAUUGAAACGGUUUUGGUGAGUGUUUUACUUAGUGUUUUUAUUUUUAGUAUACUCCUGAAGCCGAAAGAGACUACUUGGAAGCUGCUGUCCGCACGGUAAUGCAGGUCCAUCUAUGCGAGGAGAUCAAGGGAGACAUCCUUCUUUUCCUCACAGGUCAAGAAGAGAUUGAAGAUGCCUGCAAAAGAAUUCAAAGGGAAAUCCAAAAUGUUGGGCCGGAUGCGGGAGCAAUGAAUUGCAUCCCAUUGUAUUCAACCUUGCCUCCUAAUCUUCAGCAAAGGAUUUUUGAUCCACCUCCAGCAGAUAAACCCAAUGGAGGAAUCGGAAGGAAGUGUGUGAUAUCAACAAAUAUUGCCGAAACCUCCUUAACCAUUGAUGGAAUCGUAUUUGUGAUUGAUCCAGGGUUCUCAAAACAGAAGGUUUACAACCCCAGAAUCAGAGUUGAAUCCCUUUUGGUUUGUCCCAUCUCAAAAGCGUCGGCUAUGCAAAGGGCAGGUCGUGCUGGACGUACACGACCCGGAAAGUGCUUCAGAUUGUACACCGAGAAGGCUUAUAAGACUGAGAUGCAGGAUCAAACUUAUCCCGAAAUUUUGAGGUCAGGUUUUGUAGAUUAUAUUGUUGUAGAGCAUAUGUGAAGAUUUCUCUAAUUUUCAUGUUUUUUAGGUCAAAUCUUGGAAGUGUUGUCCUUCAGUUGAAGAAAUUAGGCAUUGACGAUCUUGUUCACUUUGAUUUUAUGGAUCCACCGGCUCCAGAAACCUUGAUGAGAGCCUUGGAAAUGUUGAAUUACCUUGCUGCCAUUGAUGACAACGGAGAUUUGACUGAACUCGGAUCUUUGAUGGCUGAGUUUCCUCUUGAUCCCCAAUUAGCGAAGAUGUUGAUAGCUUCUACUGAUUUGAAGUGUUCGAAUGAAGUCCUUAGCAUCACGGCGAUGUUAUCCGUCCCUCAAUGUUUCGUCCGCCCAAAUGAAGCGAAACAGCAGGCAGAUGAGGCCAAAGCAAGGUUCGCCCAUGUCGAUGGGGACCAUUUGACCCUUCUGAAUGUCUAUCAUGCUUUUAAACAGAGUAAGUUGAAGUUUGGUUAUAUUGUUUUAGGCUGAGCUUGGUAUAAUGUUGAUUUUUUAGGUCAAGAUGAUCCACAGUGGUGCUACCAGAACUUUGUCAACUACAGGGCGCUCAAAAAUUGUGAUAAUGUUCGAAUGCAGCUCUCCCGCCUCAUGGAUAAGUACAAUUUGCCCAGACUUUCAACUGAUUUCAACUCGAGGGAUUAUUAUCUGAACAUAAGAAAGUCGUUGGUUUGUGGAUUCUUCAUGCAGAUCGCUCAUCUAGAAAGAAGUGGGAACUAUGUAACUGUUAAGGAUCAUCAACUGGUAUCUCUCCAUCCAUCCACAGUCCUCGAUCACAAACCGGAAUGGGUUCUGUACAAUGAGUUUGUGUUAACUUCCAAGAAUUAUAUUCGCACUGUGACUGAUGUCCGACCUGAAUGGCUAUUACAACUUGCUCCCUCAUACUAUGAGCUGGAUAACUUCCCAGAAGGCGAGAUUAAACGACGAUUAGUCGCUGUACGGCAACGAUUUGGGCACGUUGGAUAA